AUGCAGGUGCGCAAGGUAGCAGAGAGCAUGCAGCUGCCGAUUUACGGACAGCUCAUAUCCCAGUUGUACAACAGGUGCGACAGAGAGAGUAACUCCCAAAUAAGCUGGGGGUUGCUACUCAACUUCCUGGAGGCGGGCAUAGGUGGCGCGAACUGCAGAGUGGCAAUGGUGAGGCGAGAAAAAGCGGAGGAGGUGGCCAAAGACACUGAGAUGGAGAUUGACCAGAACAAG